CAACGGCGUGCAUCAUGGCGCUUGUGGAAGAAGAACCCAAGUCAUCCAAAAAACUGAAGUCAACGACUCACACUGGAAUUCCAGAAGCAGUAUUCCUGGAGAAUGUUGAAGCAUUUAUGCAGAAGGCUGAGAAUGCCGACCCGACAGCCGUCGUUCAACGUCUAGAUGAACAGCACAAUAAGUAUAAGUUCAUGGAGCUUAAUCUACUCCAGAAGAAAAAAAGGUUGAGAUCCCAGAUACCUGAUAUAAGAACAACCUUGGAGAUAGUCCAACACAUGCGGAGUAAACAGGGUUCCGGUGAGGAUAUGGCAACCCAAUUCUUAUUAGCCGACCAGGUGUACGCCAAGGCAACUAUACCUCCCUCGGACAGAGUAUGCUUAUGGUUGGGGGCUAACGUGAUGUUAGAAUAUUCUGUGGAAGACGCAGAGUCCUUACUAACCAGCAACCUUACAGCAGCUAAGGAAAGUCUUCUUCAAGUCGAUGAAGAUCUGGACUUUCUUAGAGAUCAGUACACUACCACCGAAGUCAACAUGGCACGUGUGUACAACUACGGAGUGAAAAAAAGACAGAGUGUCCAGUCCUCAAGCUAGGUGUUAACCAUUUUUAUUAAUAAUCCUUAUGCCGUGUUAAGCUGGAACCAGUGUGUACUGUGGAAUGAUCUUGCAUUCAUCAAGCAAUGCUAACAUUUGUUUCCCUGAAUGGUUUUAUUAUUUUUUUGGGGGGGAGGGGGGGGGGAGAAUUUGAGCUUAGACAACCUAGAGCAGAUGACCUACAUUUGAAUCUUGGUAAAAAUCCUGGAAUGAACUGGAGUACAGUCGACUCAUAUAAGUUCACUGGGACUGGCGAAAUGACCUCUUUAUAAAUAGGACCGUUGUUAUAAGAUGACGGCAAAACAAAGAAACAAAAAGCAGAAAUGAAUUUCAGGACUUCAAAAUGUACUCUUUAUAAGCAUCACCUCUUCUUGAUAGUUAUCUUUAUAUCGAGAGCGGCCUGGUGAGACAAUGGGCGAUUCUGCUUUGUGCUUUUUUUUCUUUUGCGAUGUCGCAGCCACAAGUUUUGGCAAAACUUUGUUAGCAAAAGUACGGAGGGGCUUCGCUGCAACUAGAUAUUUACAAAAAUGGUUGGAGGGUUAUGAUAAGUUAAGAGGGGACAGCCCUCAAUCUUUCACUUUUCUUUGUAAAGAAAAAUGUUGCAUAGCUUAAAAUCGUGUUCUGAUCGGAGAAAAACAGUCUUAGAGUUGAUCGGAUAAACAGUCUGAGAGAAUUUAGUAUAGAUAAUGUAUCUGCAAACCUGUCCGAAGUGAAUAUAAAGAAAUGUAGCAAAGGAACCCAUGAAUCAGCAGGUUUCAAGAAAGUCAGGUUUUGUUAAGAAUCUUUAAGUUUUAUACUUUUGUCACAUCCUGUACAAAGAGAAUAUGAAGAAAUGUAGCAUAGUAAACGAUAGAUCAGCCGGUUUCAAGAAAGUCAGGUUUUCCUUUCUGUUUAAAGAUUCUUCAAGUACAAGAAUUAAAACACAAGGGAGACUGACUGCUGGGUAAAUUUUUUUUUUAAAAAUUGGGGGUUUAACAAAUAAAUGGUCACAAGACUUGGACCUGUGACCUGUGCCCUCCAGAUUAGCAUGCCAGCGCUCUACUUCCUGAGCUAUCUAGCCCUAUGUUGGCUGUUUACCUACUUUGCAAAUAUCUUUGUUUUGGAAUACUAUUCGGAAUCCAUGCAACUUGUAACUGCUGUAUAGCCAGGAAUCACACCCUAGGCUUAUGAUACAAACAUGAUGUUAGAAAUAAUUUGAACCAGUACAGGAUAAUUAAAAAUAAAAAGGGGAAAGCUUUAAUGUUGUAUGUCAUAAAAAAACAUCUUGGGUCAAGAAAUGAAACCUUUCUUUUAGGGUGAGACCCAGUUAAGAUAAUUUUUCGACAUUGGUCACAAAUGCAGUGUUAGCCUAUAAAUCGUAAUUUUGAAAAAGAUUUUUGUGUGACUUUUUUUAUUUCUUACUACCUGUUUCUUCUUCACACUGGGUCCAAUUUCAUACAGCUGCUUAAAGACACUGGA